ACUCUAACCGGAAGUAAAGGGGAAGCGGAUCAAAACAAAAUACAUUACACAACAAAAAUACUUUUCCUUCCAGUUUAACCAUGGAAUGGACACUCGAACAGCACUUGGAUGAUACGAUGAAAAACCCCUCUGUGGUCGGAGUGCUCUGUACGGACCAACAAGGCCAUAAUCUGGGGUGCCGUGGUUCACUGUCAGAUGAGCAUGGAGGAGUGGUGUCAGUUUUGGCCAAACAGGCUUCAUGUUUGACCCGAGACCCGACAGACACCCCCACAGUUUGCCUGGAAUCUGAGUCCGGAAACAUCCUGAUUAGGAGUCAUGGGACCAUCACAGUGGCAGUACAUAAGAUUGCAUCAUGAGAACUGUCCAACAAA